GUUGAUUCGUUGCUUUUGUUACUUCAGUCGGCUUUUAGACGUGACGGUGUUCACCUGGUUGAACCUAAAAUCGCCGUGUUAACUCGUCUGCAUCUGCGCCUGCGUGUGUGUCUGUGUGUGUGUGUGUGUCGAGUGAUUUGUUAUUCAAAUUGACAACGAUUAAUAUACGAACGAACUGGUCAGCUGCAAUAACCGCCCCCACCCAUCCCGCAAUUAGGAAACAGUUAAUACAAACGCAUUGCCAGCUUCUGUUUCUCGCUCUUUCUCUCACUUGAAUAUCUCCAUCUAACUUACUGUACGCGAUCGAUACCCUCCCAAUAACCGCGCGGCCCUCUCGUCCAUCGGCACGUCCAUUCAACUGCACUCAACCCACACAAAAAUUAAAAAAAAAAGAAAAGGAAAAAAAAAAACAAACAAACGACUUUGUGCGCAGUGCAAAAAGUUAAAUUAAAUAAAUGAAAACAACCUCACAAAUCGUGAUAAAUUUUUGCUUAAAUUGUGCAAACUAUUUUUGGUAAUUUGGCGACUGCGUCUUUACGUUAUUACAACAACAUAUAACCCAAAUUAACAAAACAUUUAACAACGACUAUCCGCAUUCCAUAUUGUCUAUAAACAUAUGAAAAUGUGUGUAUAAGUGUGUGUGUGACUAAUUAAAAAUUGAUGUGCAAACACUUGAACUGACGGCAAGUGUAACAAGUUGUUGAUACAACAACACUAAUUGCAACAACAACAACAACAAAAAACAACAAGUUUUGUAAUUAGAACUGCGCAAAUUGCAAGCUUAGAAGUUCAACUCACUUGACAACCCAAAAAAAUUCAAAAAUUUAUAAAGGUUUACCUUAGGUUUAUUCGACUGAACAAAAUGCCAGAAACUGCAGCUUAAUCAUUUUCCCAAGUCAAGUGAAAAUAAGCGAAAAGCGAACAACAAUAUCAUACAACAUCCAAACAGCAACAACAACAGCUUCGAUGCCCGUCAAAAUGCCACCGCAACCACAGCAUUUGCCAGGAGCAACACCAACAGCAACAGCAACAACAACAGCAACAUCGGCAACAGCUAAUGGUGGACCACGUGUCAGCUUCAAUCGAGAUGUUCAUGUGAAGCGAAUAGCUAAGCGGGCCAACGAGCCGUCGGAGUACGACUACGAAACGACAAAUUUACAGCCGAUUGGGGGCCUACCACAAGGCUACCAUCAACUGCCGCCGGACAUCGAUCCCGAGGAUAUACGCAAGGAGGCGGCACUAGUCAUCGCCCAGGCGGGUCAGCAUCAGAGCAAGGCAGCCAACGGGGAUAACAUACCCACAUUCCGUGUCAAACAGAAGCGUCAGAGUGCGACUCCGAGUGAUUCCCAACGCUUCCACUCGCUGCCCACGCGACGCAAAAAGGGCAAACCUGUGGCACGUAGCGUCAGCGACGCGGCUGCCAAGAAACCUGCAAAGCGACCCUCGAUCUUUGGCCUAUUUAGUCGCAAGAGCGACACGAAUGUCAAUCAGUUGGAGAGGGAUCCACGAUUUGAGGAAGGCGGCGGUCGACGCUUAGUGCGCAGCAAAAGUGAUGUUGGCAGUGGCCACAAGGAGGCAAAGAGUCGACUGACCAAGAGGAACGAUCCCAAUCCCAGCAGUGUCAAACCACAAUUGACUCCUAUCAUUGAGCAAUCGCAGCGGGAGGAUUACUUUGAGCAGGAUUACUUUCGGGAGCGUGAGAGACGCAAAUCGGACGCUGUUACAGUGCGCGAGAAGAAUGAGAGCGAGCUGGGAUUGAGUGAGCUGCUCUCCCGGAGCCGUUCCCAGGCGGAGAUAGACGGACCGCUGCUAAAGCAACAAUCCGGAGCCGGCACAGGCCACUCAUCAUCCAUAUCGGCUGGAAUUCGUGAUCGCAUCGAGACACUCAAGUCCAAGUCCAGCGAGAAUAUGCACAGCUCACAGCAGCCCGCAGAGAGAUUGCCGCUGACCAAAGGUCGCACUGUCAACGGCCUGGUGAAGCGUCUCUCCAUGGAGCGAUUUUCGCCCCAACCGGUUAUUAUCACCCAACCAGCUUUCUCCUACAUUCGACCCAACGAGGGCAUCACCUAUGCCCAGCUGGAUCACAGCGAGGAGCCACCUCGUGCUUCUGGCCGAGAUUCACGUACUCCACAGCGUGACUAUGCUCCGGCGAGGCCUCCAAGAGCCGCCGACAGACCAUUGCAUAGUUCACCCCACCAGGAUAGCUACUCCCCUACACCGAAUGGCGGAGGAACCACAACAACAACGCGACUGGCAAGCUCCCAUUCACCUUCGCCCUGGCAGCAGCUGAGUCCACGCAAUCUCAGCGAUGAAGACGAAGGAUUGGGCUUUGAGACACGCAAGCUCUACUAUGAGGAUGAGUUUCCGCAACGAGAAAGGGAGAGAGAACGAGAACGAGAAAGGGAGCGAGAAAGGGAGCGAGAAAGGGAGAGAGAAAGGGAGAGAGAACGGGAGAGGGAGCGUCGUUCAGAGCCACCAAUUGUUCCAGUCAUUAGAAGCGUCAGUCCAGCUCCGUAUCUGGAUGAGUUGGGCUACAGGCGGGCGCAGCUGGAGAAUCGCAUCCUAACUCGUCGCUUUGGCGAGGUAACCACAUUGGAGCGACAGCACAAUUCCCGUCAAGAGCCGGAGAGAAUGCGCGAGUACUACAGUCCAGAGAGAGAGCGACAGCAGGAGAGAGAGCAAGAGGUGGCCACCGAGGAGCGUUAUCAUCGCAAUGCGGUUCGCGCUCAUCCGGAUGUGAUUGAUGCAGGCCAGAGCACGCUGCCCAAGAUGGAGAAGAGUUCUCGCUAUCGCCACACCAAGUACUAUGAUGAUGGGCAUGGCGGUGUCAAGGAGACCUACGUGCGGGAGACCCAAAAGGAUGGACAGGUCCGUGAGUCGCGACAUCGUGAACGACUCGGCUCCUCGCCACGAGAUCGACACGAUCGCGAUUACAAUUCUGUAGAGCAUCAGGAACAAGAGCCGAAGAGCCUCGACUCGCAGCUAACGGGCACGGAUCAGUAUAGAUCCUCGCCAGAGUUGCGCAACACAGAACGCGGAAGGUUGUCCCAGCAGCAGGACUAUUGGCAGAGCAGCCUGAAGCGGGACAAGCUGCAGCAGCGCAGCUUCGACAAGGGCGAUUCGGGCAUUGAGAAUGAUUUUCGCAAAGAGUCCUUCAAUGGCGAUCUAACCACAAGAUGGCGCAAACGCACGGCCCAGGAUGAUAUGAGAGCCAGCGAGUCCUUUUUGCGCAAGGAGCGUCGUGAGAGCGCCCAACAAAUGCAACAGUUGGAACAGCAGCGACGUCUGCGUCGCGAACAGAGCUACAUCUACCGGGAGCGUUCCAUUGACGAUGGCUCACACUUCGAUCCGCAUCUGGACAAGUAUCCGGUAUCGACGAGCACAUUGCGACGCCGGGAGCAGAACUCCCAGGUGAAGCAGGGCGAGGAAUCGAGCACAUUGAAGCGCAUCAAGAAACUGGGUGGCUUCGAGAAGGUGAAACAGCUGUUCACGGGAGCGGGCACAGGAACUGGCAGUCACGGUGGCAGUGGACGCAGCAGCACCAGCAAUGUGUCCAGCAGCAAAAAAGUCGCACAGUCAUCACGUCUUACCAAUGGCAACAGCAGCACUCUCAGUCGACGUGACAAGGAUAAGGACAAGGACAAGGAGAGGGAGAAGGAGAAGGAUAAGAACAAGGAGCGCUACAUGGUCCGGGAGGAGGAGAUGCGUUCACGCUAUCGCGAAUAUCACGCACUAACCGAAGACACCUCACGCGAACCAAAGACAAUGGACAUCUCAAUGCGACGCCGUCUAUCCACACCGAAAGCUAGUCCAUUGCUGGUAAAGCGCGGCUCCACAGAGAAGCCGGCCAAGAAGCAGAAGGAACUGAAGGAGCUGAAGGAGACGCCAGUCAAAGCCGAGAAGACCAGUUGGUUCAAGUCACUGGAUCGGCGUGCCAAAAGCAAUCCCAAGGAGCAGCUGAAUGUGUCUGUCAAUGGACACAGUGAGGCCACCUCCAGUCUGAAGCGCAGUAAACGUAAUGCCAACGCGGCGCCCGCCAAGAAUCUGCGCUUCUUCGGCGACACAGACUUGGACUCGAAUCCGCCAACCAUUUCAAAGGCCACCAGCAUGCCCAGACGACGUCCACUCUUGGCCCACUCGAAGCAUUCACAGAGUGCCUACAAUCUGGAUCGCAGUCCACCGCCUCCGUCUCGGGAUUACCGGCACAGUCUGGCGGGUCAGGCCAUGACCGCGGCAGCUCGACAGCGUGCCAGCUCCAUGCAGCACUUGGAGCACGGCAGCGAUGAGGUCGACUUCCGCAAGAGACGCCAUUACUCGCGAUCCCGCGAGUUGCAGGACAUUUCAGAGAGUGGCUCGGAGCCGGAGCCGUCGGAGCGGCAUAAGCGUGGCACUGGACAGCGCGCCAUGUCACUGGAGCGAUCUUCGGAGAAGCCACAGCGCUUUGAGGAUCGACCGCUGCUGGGGCCGCCGAAGCCCGCUCGCAGUGCAGACCGACGAGGAUUGCAAUCCAGCACGGCCGUAGAUGGCGGCUACGGCAAGGAACGUGAGCGAUAUCCCGCUGAGAGUUCGGGCACCGAGGGGGAGUCCAGUUUGCACAGCCAGCGCAGCGUGGUUUACCUGCAUGCCACCACCGUGGGCGACAUUCCACAGCCAUACAAUCUGCGUCGCCGUUCCAUGUCCCGGGAUGAUGUGCGCCGGGGCGGAGGAGCAGCUGCAGCUGCAUCGGGAUCUGGAUCUGGCAUGGGCAAACCGCCAUUGCAGCCCAUGACGCGCACCGUGUCACGAUCGGUGUCCAUGCUGGCGCCCUGGAAGCCCAAGCACAUCAGCGACGGCUACGAGAUUAACUACUCCCAAGAGCAGAACAAGCGCAUCUCCACGCUGCCAAGGAAACCACCACCGCAUAAUGGUGCCACCAGUGCGAGCACUCUGAGUCGGCUGGGCCGAAAGAACGAGGCGCCCACACGGCGUUAUAAUGGCUACCACAUUGAUGAGCGUCCACCUCCCUCCAGGUCGCUGUUAUCCACGUCGAAUUUACGCAGCGCCAAGACAAAGUGAGCAGAGUGUGGAAGGGAACAGGAGGAGAAGGAGAGGAAGAUGGAAGAUGGAGGGAGGGGCCGGUGCUCUGAUGUUAAUAUUUAACUACUCCUAGUUGCUAAUCGUAAUCAAUCCGAAUCGAAACAUAUUUCUAAUCAACGCAAAUCCGCUUAUAAAAAUACAUGCACUGCAGUCUGAACUGGACCUGAAAUGGAAUUAGGUUCAGCCAAAAAUAAAGCGGUACUUAGUUAUUUAGGGACUCUUAACCUUUGUUGCAAUUCUCGUCAUAUUGUAAAUGUGAAGUGUACGACGUAUUUUAAUAAAAUCACAACUCUUAACCACU